AUGGUUGACGUCGAUGAAACAAUUAAACGAAUCCAAUCCCAGAAAGGAGUUACUGGUGUUCUGAUUAUGGACAUAAAUGGUAAUGUUGCUUUCUUUCUUAUCGAUAUCUUUUAGGGAGGCCAAUUAGAUCCACAUUUGAUGAGGAGGCGACCGCUCAAUACUCUGAUCAUCUUCACGAACUUUGUGAUAAAUCCCGUAACGUCGUCAAGGAUCUCGACCAAACGAACGACCUCUCUUUCUUGAGGUUGCGUACAAAGAACAACGAGAUUAUUGUGGCUCCCGAUCGUGAUUAUCUUAUAGCCGUGGUUUCGAACAAACCUUGA